CGAAGAUUCGACCCUGCCCCUCCAAUCCCAAAUAAAAACAUUGUGCGGCGAUCGAAAGCAGACGCCCGUUCGUUAGUUUGGCAAAACUGUUUACCUGCUUCAGGCCGAAAAGUGUUUCGAAGGGAGGAGAAGCAGUAAAAGAUCCAUAUCAAAUAGGCUGGUUCUAUUUAAUUCAUCCCUUCAUUAUGACUGAAACUGGGGGCAAUCGAAAUCAUUCGGGAAAGGCCGGUAAAAAACGGCAAGCUUGUAAUGCUUUGGCAAACCUGGAUUCCUCAUCCGACGAAGAGACGGGGUAUGUUUCGCCUUACUGCUGUUCAAGCGAUGAUGAUAACGACCAAAGCACCCGGCAAAUCCUGGACGAGUUACCUGCGUUUUCUACGCAAUCGCUCUCUCCUUCUGGACGAUCAUUGUCGCCGAUAGAUAUGGACACUUCCCCUCCACGGAGUUCUCGUGGGGCGAGUGCUUGCAAUACUCCCUAUGACAGUCCGUGUGCCGCGGUGCCGUCCUGUGGGAAAGACUAUGUCACACUGGAAGAGAUUCAAGCGCGAAUUGGAUUAACGCCGCCGGAACCAGAACAAAGCCCCCGAUCCCCUCGGUUGAAUUUGGAAACCAUUUUCGAGGACAAGUUUCUGGAAACGCCACCGAAGGGCGGAAAGGAGUUCGAUACACGCACCAACCACAACCUGCUGCGGAGAUCGUUCCGGAACCGGGUGCAACUGAUGGGCGCGAUGGGGGACGGAGGAGUGCUCGAGUGCGGAGGUAUUUCACCGAUGGAAAGUCUGAGCCAGCAAUUUCAAACUAAGGUAAUGCUAGAUUAGGGUGGUCCGUGAUAACGUUGGAUUGUUUUUUUUUAGAUAGCACGAUAUCUCUUGAAUUUUAAUUUAAACAUAAGUGCCUUCUUCCUUUUGAAAUAAAUCGUAGGACAUUCGGUUCGCGUUAUGUAGUUAUAUACAGAAAUUUAUCGAGAGCUGUGACAAAGAAAAAGCUCGAAAUGUUCUUCAUAUCAAA